AUGGCCCCGGGCAAGCGCCCUGUUUCGGUGGGUAAACCCACCAAGAUUAUUGACGUUAACCUUCUCCACGUUUCGGGCUCCCACGCCAAUGAGUUUCUUUUGCGUGAGCUUGCGAAGCAGCACGGUCUCCGACUCAAUGAUGUCCUGCAGCCUUGCCGUGGAUGUCUGCAGGCAAAGGGGAAGAAGGCGGGCGUGCCUCACCAAUCGGGCACGCGCGCGGAGCGGUCGCACGAUCUUUGGCAUAUCGAUCUGUUCGGACCGAUGGCGGCCUCGCUGGGGGGGUCGGUUUUCAUGGUUAUGUUCGUGGGCAACUUCUCGCCGUGGAUGAAGCUGUACGGGAUGAGGCGCAAGUCGGACACCCUCGCCUUCGUCAAGACGUUCCUCGCCGACAUGAGUGGCACCGGUGUCUCUCGUUCUUGCCGGAUGGACAACGGGGGGGAGUUCGUCAGCCGCGACUUCAUCGCCUUCUGCGACAACGCCGGCAUCCGCCGUACAUACACGGCGCCGGGCACCCUACAGCAGAAUGUUCCGGCGGAGAGUGCGAUCUGGCGCGUGAACAAGGCCGGCCACACCGCUCGUCUGGGGGCUCGCCGCCUGUUCCCCAAGAUCGACUUCUCCCGCGUCCCCGGCUUCGGACGCGAUGGCGAGCGACUUUGGCUAGAGUCGUGUCACUGGGCUGCCGGCGGCUUCGACCGUUCUCCGACCAAGGCACACGUCGGAUUUAAGUCGCCGCACGAGCUCUUCACCGGUCGCCCGCCCCCGCUCCAGAUUGUCCCGUUCUUCCAACCGGGGUACAUGCGUGUGAUGCGCGCGCGGAAGAUGGAUCCCCAGGCAGUGCUGUGCUGCUACCUCAACAACGGCGACAACCAUCACGAGUCGGCGGUCAAGGCGCUGCCGGCAACUUCCACACCACCAUCGCCGGCGGCGCCGUCUACCGCAGCAACACCAUCGCCAACGGUCACGGCGCCGCCUGCAACGCCACAGUUCACCAUCACCGUGCCACCUGCAACGCCACAGUUCAACACCACCGCGCCACGUGCAACGCCGUUCGCCGUCGUUCCACCGUACAUUUCAACGCCUCUUUUACCCCCCUCACCGUUCGCCCGAUAUUCCACUUCACCCGCUGCCAUGUUCUCACAGGCGCCGCCGGCAACUUCCACACCACCAUCGCCGGCGGCGUCGUCUACCGCAGCAACACCAUCGCCAACGGUCACCGCGCCGCCUGCAACACUACCGUUCACCAUCACCGCGCCACGUGCAACGCCGUUCGCCGCCGCGCCACCGUUCACCACCACCGCGCCGCCUGCAACGCCGUUCGCCGUGGUGCCACCGUCUCUCGCCGUCGCGCCGCCCGGUGCCGCGUCAUCGACCAACAUGCCGCCGCUCACUACGAGGACCAUCCGUGAACUGGACGUGGGGCGCGGGGACAUGAGGGAUUAUGGGCGCACGAGGGCAGCCGCCAAGGACCAAGGAGGGGGGCGGGCGCCGUCGAUGCCGCCCCUCUCUGGCAGGACUAAUCGACAGUUGGACUUGGGACGAGAGACGCGGGUGCCAGGGGGAUGGAGGGGUCGGCGGGUGCGUUUCCAGGAUAGGGGGGCCGAGCGGUCGACGUCACCUGCCGGGGGCGGCGACGCUCCCGCCCACCGCUUCGGGCUUGUAUCCCUGCAGGACAAGGCAACGCUCCAGUCGACUCUCACCACUGGCAGCGUCGUCGAUAGGGGGAGAAAGGAGAUCCCGAGUUCAGCCGGAGGACGCGAAGGAGCGGAGCGUGGGGGGCGAGAGCGGGGGGGCACGAAAACAGAAGGACUGCGUAUGAUCGUGAAGUUGAACAAGAGUCUGAAUGGCCCUAAGCAGGCAUCAAGGCAAUGGCAGUCACACUGGGCGAGGUGUUUGAUUUGUUUGGGUUUUGUUCAGUAUCUAGCGGAUACGUGUGUAUUUCGGUUGAUCGAGGAGGGAAGAGUGGUCGUGACUCUGGAAGUACAUGUGGAUUACAUAUUUUCGAUUGGAGAGGAGAGGUGUGACCAAUUUGGUAGGGACCUCAACACCAUGGUACCGGUGAAGAAUCCUGGUGAUUUGAGAUGGUACUGUGGAUGUUUUUAUGUGGGAGAUUGGGAUGCAGGGACUUUGAAGAUCUCGCAGCAGACGUACGCUAAAGAGUUGGGGAUGGAGUUUGGUGAAGAGAACGGGAAGGAAAUUCCUCUUCCUGUAGGGUUGAAGCUUUCAGAGUAUGACCAGGAUGAGGACGUGAUAUCCUGGCCUUUUCGUGAGCUGAUAGGAUCACUGAUGUGGCUGGCAACGCAAACGAAGCCAGAUAUCGCGAAUGCAGUCUUGGUAUUUUUGAGGUAUGUGGAACGGACUAGUGACUUGGGGAUUACAUUCAGGAGGGGUAGUGUAGCAGAGUUGAGCAUGGAGGUGUUCGCAGACGCAGACUAUGCAAGUAAGGCUGCCGAUAGGUGGUCUGUGUUAGGAGGCUUGGUGAUGUGUGUGUGGGGGUGUAUUUCUUGGUUUUCAAGGAGGCAGAAGUGCGUCACGUUGAGCACGACAGAGGCGGAGUAUGUCUCCCUUGAGGAUGUGAUUAAGGAAGUGAUGUUUCUGAGGCAGGUAUGGCGUUUCAAGUUGCCAAAAGCAGGCAUGCCGUGUGUUCCGGUGUUCAAGGAUAACGAGGAGGCUAUUCAGUUGGCGCAGAACCCGAUUGGCAACAGUUACUCGAAGCACAUCAACGUAAGGCACCACUUUAUCAGGGAACUGGUAGGCAGGAAGGAAAUUUCGAUUUUUCACGUGGAAUCGGCGUAUCAACAUGCUGACUUCCUCACGAAGGCACUUCACGUCGGAGAUUUUGAGUUUCAUCGUAACUUCGUGAAGAGUGUGGGACAGGAACGGUAG